ACCAGUUCCAGUCAGUACAAGAGGAAGAUGACAUGGAGCUGGAGAAAGAAUUGCUAGAGCUGGAGUCCCUAGACAAAGAGGUCCUGCGCCUAGACCCAGAACUGGAGCCGGAACGGAAGCCCAAGCCUUUCCCGCAGCCAGAGAUGCGCCCGGUUGUCAUGCUCCAGCCCGAGGCCAAGCUGGACACAGAGCCCAAGAUGAAGGUGGUUAACUUGGAACCCUUCAGUGAAGACCCUGAGCCGCAGGGGUAUAAGACAGAGUCACUCCACCCCUACAUGGAGGGGCUAAUGCAGCAGGACAUCAGCCAAUGGAGUAUGAGGUCAAUCUCCAGCUACCCGAGUACCACAGAGGAGGACCCGCUAUCCACCGACCACCGCUCCAUCUGUGUGCAGACCUCCAAACACUUCUUCUGGGCAGACAAGUUCGUCCAGGCCUCAGAACACAGCCUGCAACAGGCGAUCAGCAUGCAGCCCAUCAAGGAGAGCACAAAAGAGACCGCCUGCCACCCAGACCAGCCGUCGGCCCCCAAGGACACUGUGUGCUCCGAGAAGCAGAGCCAGGCCCCCAGUGCCCAGCCAGCUCUUCCAGACGAAGUCUCCCAGCAGCCUCCAAGCCCCCAGCCGUCCGCCUCCACACAAACCAUCAGCCUGGCAGAGCUGAUCGACUUCGCAUCUUCCCUGGCCAUGGCCUCCUCCAGCAGGAUGGACUUGCCCAAUUUGGGGCAUGUGAUCAAAGCCCCACUCCAGAUGGACAUGACGCUUUCCACAGAGCCCACUGUGGAUCACACUGCCCAGCCCACUGUGGACGAGCCAGAGCAGGAAAACCUCCCUCAGGAUGCGCUGGAGAAGCCACCAGAGGAACCACUAGAAACCAGGGAGCCGCACGAUGCUUCGAAGCAGGAAAACCUCCCUCAGGAUGCGCUAGAGAAGCCAUCAGAGGAACCACAAGAAACCAGGGAGCCGCAAGAUGCUUCGAAGCAGGAAGACAAGCACUUCCCUCACCCUUACCUUGAUUUCAGCAAGCUAGGGUUCAAGAAGGCCACCAUUGAAGGGGAGGUGAAGUUUCUCCAGCCCCCAAACAUGUCCCCCCAGCCGCAAGGAGCCGGGAAAGAGUAAGUGAGG